GAUUAGAAUAUGAUUUUGAUAAGUUGAUAGGGAGGAGAAAAUGAAUUCAUAUGAACCAAAGUACACUUGCGAGGUGAACUACAAAGUUAAGGUCGCAACUGAAGGUUUGACACUGUCUCCUGAUGCUUGUUCUAUUUCAGGUGGAAUAGACUUCCCUUUUGAUAGGUCACUUCCUUUUCUUUCCUCACAUUCCAACUCUUGAGAUAGCUAAUUCUGUGCAUAGGAUCAGGCAGAAGCUCAGGAAUCUUAGUUGUACAGCCAAGUGAAUUAGAGGAGAUGAGAUGAUUUAUUACUGGGAGAAAGGGAAUGCCAGAGGUUAGCAUUAUAGCACUCUGAGAGCAUAGAUCAGCUUUGCAGCACACACAGUGGUUCAGACCUCACUGCCCUCAAAGAAAGACUUACUGCCCUUGGUAGUAGAUAGGUACAAUCUUACAACCAAUAGCUGUGCAAAAUAAAUGUGGAAAUGACUGUGAAUCAUAUGUGUAUAUAUGUAUACAUGUGCAUCUACAUACACAGUAACAGAAUAAAAAAUGUAAAACAUGAAACUUUAUUUUGAAGAGAACUUUUUGAUAGUUUCUAAUAGAUAUUUUUGAGGAAAAAAUAGCUAAGUGGAAAAAUGCAAGUCUCUUUUCACUUUGUGAACUAUCCAAUAAAUAUGUCUUCUCCCACCCUGUCUUUGGGGGAAAAAAUAGGGGGAGGAAAGAAAUUGGACUGGAUGCAGCAAGUACAUCACAUCAAACAUGACUGUGUUAAAUACUAAAAUGUUCAAAGUACGACUGAGAUAGAUAAAGGCUUUGAUGGGAAGUGGAUAUUUCCCAGGGACAUUACAAGCAAUAAUCCAGAUGUUAUGGUGUAAUGCAACGAGUGUCCAUGGAUAGAUCGGGAGCUCAAGCCAAGCAGCGCCUGCUGUAGGCCUUAGCCCUCCACUCCCAUGCUGUUCUGCCAUAUGGAAGCAAUCUCUAGGCCCCUUUAAUAACCAGCUUUGGAUUCCAUUUUCACAGGGCUCAUAGAGCUAAGUGGAGCUGUUUUAUGGACAAGUUAGAUAGAAGCCUUUCCAAGAUAAACAUCCAAUUUGAAAUUAGGACAUACCAAGCCACAAAAUUAUUUUAGGGCAUAUUUCAUGGAAGUACUGCCAUUUUUCUUAGGCAAUUGCCAGACUGUAGGAUGCCCUUUGAUCCCAUGUGGACAUUACUCCCUUUUUUUUAUAAAAAGGAUUUUGAAAUAGUUGCAGUGUUUAGGGAGGAAUAUAUCUGCCGGGACUUUGAAGUAUGUCCAUGGGAACAGUCAUGCUUUAGCUUUUUGGCCUGAGAGUCAAACUUUGAAAAAAAAUGCAGCUGGAUUUAUGAAUCAAAAUCUCAUUUUCUUUUUAAAGUGUUCUUUGAUUCGCAACCUGCGUCUUUCAGAAUCUUUGAAGAAAAACCAACUCUGGAAUGGAAUUAUUAGCAUUACUUUAUUGGAAGGGAAGAAUAUCUCUGGAGGAAGCAUAACAGAGAUAUUUGUCCAAUUAAAACUAGGAGAUCAGAAAUAUAAGAGCAAGACACUGUGUAAGAGUGCAAAUCCUCAGUGGAGGGAACAGUUUGAUUUUCACUACUUCUCUGACAGGAUGGGCAUAUUGGACAUUGAGGUGUGGGGAAAGGAUCACAAAAAGCAUGAGGAACGUUUGGGGACGUGUAAAGUGGAUAUUGCAGCCCUCCCACUCAAGCAAGACAAUUGUUUAGAGUUGCCACUGGAGAACCGUCUUGGCUCACUGCUUAUGCUGAUUACACUUACACCCUGUUCAGGAGUCUCUGUCUCAGAUCUCUGUGUCUGCCCCUUGGCAGAUCCCAGUGAAAGAAAGCAGAUUUCCCAACGAUAUUGCUUACAGAACUCUCUAAAGGAUAUGAAGGACAUUGGCAUUUUACAAGUGAAAGUUUUAAAGGCAUUAGAUCUCUUAGCUGCAGAUUUCUCAGGAAAAAGUGAUCCUUUUUGCUUAUUAGAAUUGGGAAAUGACCGACUUCAGACACAUACAGUUUACAAAAACCUCAAUCCUGAAUGGAACAAAGUUUUUACAUUUCCUAUUAAAGAUAUCCAUGAUGUUUUGGAAGUGACAGUUUUUGAUGAAGAUGGAGAUAAACCCCCUGAUUUCCUUGGGAAAGUUGCCAUCCCCUUGCUGUCUAUUAGAGAUGGGCAGCAAAGUUGCUAUGUACUGAAGAAUAAAGAUUUAGAACAAGCUUCAAAAGGAGUUAUUUAUUUGGAGAUGGAUGUCAUAUAUAAUCCGGUAAAAGCAAGCAUUAGGACCUUUACACCCAGAGAAAAGCGCUUUGUUGAAGAUAGCCGCAAACUUUCCAAAAAGAUUUUAUCAAGGGAUGUUGAUCGUGUGAAAAAAAUCACUAUGGCAAUAUGGAAUACAGUACAGUUCCUUAAAAGCUGUUUCCAGUGGGAAUCUACAUUGAGGAGUAUAAUAGCCUUCAUGGUGUUUCUGAUCACUGUCUGGAAUUUUGACUUGUACAUGAUCCCCCUGGGUUUAUUGUUGCUCUUUGUUUAUAAUUUCAUCAGACCCAUGAAAGGAAAGGUCAGCAGUGUCCAAGACAGCCAGGAAAGCACAGAUGUAGAUGAUGACUAUGAGGAAGAUGAUAAGGAAUCUGAGAAAAAAGGUUUAAUUGAAAGAAUCUACAUGGUCCAAGACAUUAUUACUACUGUUCAAAAUGUCUUGGAGGAGAUAGCAUCUUUUGGAGAACGAAUUAAAAACACAUUUAACUGGACAGUACCAUUCCUCUCUGGACUGGCCUGUUUAGCACUGGCAGUAGCUACUGUUACUUUGUACUUCAUACCACUGCGCUACAUCAUCUUAAUAUGGGGCAUAAAUAAAUUUACUAAGAAGCUUAGAAAUCCCUAUGCCAUCGACAAUAAUGAGCUACUAGAUUUCCUCUCCAGGGUACCAUCUGAUGUUCAAAAGGUGCAGUAUGCUGAAUUGAAACCAUACAGCAACCACAGUCCCCUUAGGAAGAAGCGGAGUGCUCUCUAGGACACAUACUGACUUUGGAAUGCAACAUCUCUUUUUGGGUUUGGUUUAGACCAGCACUAAAACCAUUAGUGUCCAUAUAGUCAUUCUGGAAAGGCAUAUUUAUUUCCCAUUUUCCCAUCUCCUCCCUGUAGGAAAUCAUGCAAUAUUAGCAUUGUCUUUCACACAGAGAAUCAGCCCAUUUGAAGGAGGCAAUCCAGGGAAGGUGCACAACUGUUCCAUUCUCAUAGAAGAACUGGAAUAAGAUUUUCAGUGUCUCUGCUUCCCAUAUUGGAGGAUACCAAUGGUUAGUUUGCCCAAGCGCAUUGUCUAUUCUGCUUGGACUCAGGAGAAACUUAGACCUUUUUAAUGUCUCCAACAGAUUUACCAUUAAGAUGUGAGAGCUGUUUUUUCCACCUUCAUUUAGAUCCUUGUUCACUUAAGGAUUUCGUUCUAAUUUCUUUGACGCCCAUCAUCUUUUCAAAUAAUAUAUUUAAAAUAUGUAUCUUAAGAUGUCCAGAAGGGGGAAAAAGUUUGAAGCCUCAAUGACGUCUUAGUAGUUAUUCUUGGUGCUGGAUGCCAUGCUUCUCCAUAAGGUCCAUUGCUGGCAAUGGACAUGUAGAAGCAACCAGUUUGAAUAAAUUAAAGAAAUACAAUCUUCUGAUCUACAAAGAGUUUAUUUUUUAAUUAGCAUCCCAAUAUAUCUCAUUGGAUCUCAUCAGUAUUGACAUUUGCUUUGGUUUGUCAAAAAAAGACUCAACACAACAGUUUUAGAAAUAUACAAUUCUUAAAAUGUAAGUGGGGGACAAAAAUGAUGUCUCUGAUAAUUAAAAUUAUUUCUUCUAAUAUUUUGAUUUAAUUUAUGUAAGUGCAUAUCUUCUAAAGGUCUCCUCUCGUGCCUUAUUCUGACAUGGAGGUGGCACUAAGUCUCCAAAGGCUAUGUUGGCAAAGCCCUAGUUCUGGCAGUUUAUACCAGGAUGGAAAGAAAGGUUUAGAACCUCAGAUCUAGAAGGAGAAGUAUCUUAAAGGUCAUCAAUUUUAACCACCUCAUCAUGUACACACAAUAACUGAAGUGCAGGGAGAUUAAAUCACAGGUAGUAACAGAGGUUCAAUAUGCACUUAGGUCUUAUAUUCCUGGGGAAAGACUAUGUUUUUCACAAGACCAGCCUAGCUAAAUGAAUAAAGACUGAUUGCUAUGUUGGACACAGGAUGACAGAAUUUUUUUUUGGCCAUAGCACCUCUGAUUUUUGGUUGUUGAAUCUUAAAUGUGCUGGUAGAGCACAGUGCUCACAACAGUAGAAUUCUUAAUCUUUGAAAAAUCUUAAAAAUUAAUGUAAAAUUGGUUUGUAGCUAAAAAAUAAGAUUUGUUUAUUUAACUCAAUGAGCAUUUAUUAAGUACCUACAACUUUCAAGCUCUAGGCUAGUCACUAAACAUACCAAAUCCAAAAAAGGCAUGAUCCCUGCCCUCAAGGAACUUAUGUGCUAUUAGAUUUGAUUCAGGAACUUUUUAUUUUGGCUUUCUAAUUCUAGAUCUAGGAUUCCUGUUCUGAUCAUGAGGAAUGUUCUCAUUAGAAAUUGGUCCUAAAUCCAAUUAUGGGAUAGGAAGCAAAAGCAAUCUAAGCAUGGUAAAUAAUCUCUACCUGUUUGCCCAUCCAUCUCCAUAAAGUAACAAAACAUUUAUCCCUUUCCAAAUAACUAAAAAUUCUUAUUUUAUCAAAGUAUAGAACUAAACACAACUGCCUCUUUUCAAAUGAAAUUUAAGUUCAUAAAAUAUGUUUUGUUGACACAUAACUUUGUAUGUGUAAUUUUGUAUAUAUGUAUAAAACCAAGUUGGAAAACAAACUAGACCUCAUUUAAUAGUUUUACUAUUUUUUCUAGGUUGUAAUUUAAUAAUCUUCAAAGAAAAUAUUUAUGAAAAAUGCCAAAGAUUCUAAACCUUAUCAUCCUGUGUCUGUUUUUCUUCAUAUUGCAUCUUUCCUGGGUUGCCUUUCUGGCUGAGCCAGAUUUCUGCAUGAUUUGAUUUACUUCAAGUUAAUGAAGCUGGUUGGAGAGAGCUUCGUAAAAAUUACAAAAGCUCCAGUAAAGCUCUUACUUGUACACACAAUAGAUACCCAAGAAUCUCUUUUGUUAAACCAGUUACUCAAUCUUCUGUGUAAACAAUGCCUCAUUGUCUCCCUCCCAACUAUCAUCUAGUUUAUCAUAGUCUGUCAUUUUGUAAGGACCUAAGGCAGACAUUUUUAAACAGACAUGUGAGAUCUGAUCAGUUAUUUCAAUGAAAAACUUCAGCAGCCAAAUAACUCCUUAUUUAUUCAGAAGUAGAACCAGUAUUUUAUCAGCUUUCUUUUGUAUACGAUUUUCAAAAUGAAAUAAUUGACUGAUCAGAAAGUAUGGUAAAUUGGGUUUUUCACCACUAUCUGACUUUGGGACUCAUUCAUUGCCUUAGGUGAACACACAAGAAAUGCACUCUUCAAAUAAGCCAGGGAAGCAAAAAAAAAAUCCUUAAAUUACAUAAAAAAAACCAACCCUUUUUUUGUGCGUUAAAUAAACAGAUGUUAGAAGUCAACAAACAUUCCUUAGGAAAGAGUCGAGGCUUGAUAUAAAUGUUUUCUGGAUCUGAGAACACAUUGCCUUAUCUUCCCACAAAUCAAGACCCAAGGAAGUUCACCCAGUGUUUCUUUUGACCACAAAUGGACAUGAAUAGAGGAUGCAAGCUAUCUGAUGGUUAACCUUUUUUGAACUAUGACAAGCCCAUUUUUUUCAGCCAUACAUUUCUCUGACAGCACACUUCUACAUAAUUUUUCAUUUGUCAUAAGCUUAAUGGAAAUUAAGAAGAUGGGAUUUUGUUUCAGAAAGAAGAGGAGUGGGCCAUUAGGGCACUCCAACCAAGUUUUCUCUUUCUUGAUUUUUUCUGUUUGCACCUGAGAGAAGAAGUAGCAUGGAACAGUCAGAAAAGCCCUGGGCCUGGCAUUGGAGGUCUGGGGAUAAAAUUCUCCAUCUACCCGCUUUAUUGUAUGAACUUGAGUGAGUCACUUAAUGUCCAAAGACUUCCUUUUCUUCAUCUAAAAAUGACUAGAUGACCUCUGAGAUUCAUUAUAAGUCUAGAUCUACAAUUCCAUGGUCCAGAAUGGAUAAACUCUGUGUUUUGCUGUUCUAACUUCAUAACCAUCCACUAAAAUAUGAAAUUCUUAAGAGUAGGUUUUUUUUUGUCAUUUAUAUUUGCAGCCUCACCACUUAAUAUAGUACCUGAUAUAUAAUAGAUACUUAAUAAAUGCUUGCUGUUUUGUAAUUUUCACAUCAUAAUCUGAAGAACAAAUAUUUUUCAUUCAUUUAGCAUUCCCAAAAUUCAUUGUUAGGCAGGGAGCACUUGAGUGUUUGCAGAGCCUCCUAAAUGAAAUCCAUAAUGUUCUAAUGUUUGACACAGUCAGCAUCAUGCCAUAUACAAGUAGGGUUAUAUGAAAGGCAUCCUUUAUUACAAAGAUAAAUACCCUUCAUCAUGCAUACACUUCCCUUUUUUAUACAUCACUUGCUCUUAAUGGCAAGGACUGGAAUAUGGUAUUCUCUUCAUCAUUUAUGAAAUCAUUGAUUAUAAGGAUUUGGUCUCUUAUGAAAAAAUCAUUUUGAAAAGCCUGCCUGUUCUCUUACAUUUUCAUCAAGCAUGAGCUUAAUGUGUAUGUAUGGGGUGGGGGGCAAUAUUUCCACCUUAAAAUUUUUGAAUAGGUGGCAAAGUUGUCAUUUGAUUCUGUAGUUAUUGGUACCAUUUCUUUUAUUUUUUAAAUCCCUACUUUCAGUCUUAGAAUAUAUUCUAAAUAUUAGCUCCAAGGCAAAAGAGCAAUAAGAGCUAGACAAUCAGGGUUAAAUGAUUUGAACAAGAAAUGUCUGAAGUCUGAUUUGAAUCCAGGAUCUCUCAUCUCCAAGUCUGACUCUUUGUACUGAGCCACCCAGCUGCCCCUUAAUAAUGCUAUUUCAGUUGCCUUAUAUUAGAAAUAAGAGCCAAGAUUUUUUUCAGUGUUUUUAGUAGAUUCCCUUUGUUUUUUCCAAUCCCUUGAGAAUCAAUCCCUUGACAUCCUCAAAAUUAUAUUGCCUUAGAUCUCUCUGUAUAUGCUGUUUCUGGUCCAGCUGGUUUCCUAAUCUUUGUUUUCUUCAGUGGCAUUUUUACUUUUUACAUAUCACAUCAAAGAGUGUGAUGCAAAGUCUAAAUGUGGUAGCUCUACCCCCUUGAUGGUGAAAGAAUUUGUUACAUGCAUCUUUACAUGUCUUCUGCCUUUUUCAUCUAUUGAUUGUUGGCUUUAUUUCUAUCUUUAAAUGGCCUAUCUCUGCUUAAAAGAAUCUCUUCACUAGUUUUCAUUAAAAUUUUUAACUGAUUCCAAUUCUUCUCAUUGUCUUAUGAGGGUGAUCCUGCUAAUAACAUUUUACCAUUCUUUCUCAUGAGAUAUUAUAAACAAGUUUUAUUUUAAGCCAGUGUUGCCACUGGAUACUAUGCUCUGCUUGGCAUAGAGAUAAAGUAUUUUCUGGCUGAAAUUAUUCUAGGUUUUUCUGGUCUCAUGCCAGUCAAUUUACAUUGGUUAACUUUUUUGGGAAAUUGUCAAUGCUUGUUUCUUCAUUCAUUUACCAUUUUUGUCAUCACCAGCUACUUUAAGUAGGCCGUGUUGAAGUUGUUUUAAUUAUAUUCCAUGACUUGUUCUCAUUUUUCCCCACAUUUAUGUGAAAUUUAAUUUUUACUCUAACAAGUUGAUUAUCUCUGUAUAGUUAGCUGAUUCAGAAAUGAAUGCUACAUCAAGAAUAGAUGAUUCUCAUAGGAUCAAAGGCCAUUUUCUAUUUUACUUUUGGUUCAACAAAUUGCUUUGAUCAAAGAAUGAAUGAACAUAUGAUCAUCCUACUAAUAAGAUUCUUGGUUCUUAGCUAUGCUGGUCCUUGGAAGUAAACAUAGUCUAUUGGCAGAUCAUAUAGCAUGGUAGAACUUGCCAGAAUGUACCAAUUUAGCCCUUGAGAAUCGAGGAUCACUUCCAUGCCACAAUGAGAUACCAAAGUGGUUCUUUGCACAGUUUGUAAAACAGUCUAGAUAAAUUUGUAACUGAUGAACCAAUUAUGUGUUAUAAAAGGAAGAUCAUGGUUGUUGGGAAUAUGCCCAUAUCUUCUAAAGACUAUACCAAAGAAAGUUGCUACUGCCAUACUUUCUCCCACAUGCUUUUGGGCACCACUGUCAGAAAUACAGUAUUGGGCCAAAUCAACAACUUGCAAUCUAGGAAUUUCUUGUGAAAAUUAGAAAAAGAAUUUUAGCACUGAUAGGAGGCUCAGAAAUCAUUUAUCUCAGGGUUCUCAUUUGUUAACUCAAGGAAUCUGUGACUCAAAAUGUAUGUAAUUUUUUUCAAGACAAGAGUGCUUUUUAUUACAAUAAUAUUUCGUCCUGUUCCUGAAGUUGCAAUAAGUUCAGUCUGUGAAUUCUUAGCAUGUCAAAUGACCAUGUUUGAAUAUAAACACAAAAUUGGAAAUAUUUCAUUACAUGCUUAAUUAGAACCAUUGCAUACAAAUUAGAGAAAGAAAAGUACAUGGCGUUUGCUUCUGAGUAGUAAUCUACUUUUUUCCUGGCAGAUAUAUAUUUAGAUAUAUGAGAUAAUUUAAAUAAGAAUGAGAAUCUGGAUUUGUUAUAAAUCCACCAAUCAUCCAUUAGGUCCAAAGAUUCCUUCAUAUGUACAAAUAGUAGGUACAUAUGUUACGGUUUAGGUUUGCAAAAGAUGUUCAUACUUAAUAAACCAUAGUUACUUCUACAUUUUAAUAUUAUUCAAUCUUUUUACCUAUUAAUACAUCACAUUUCUGACAGCAGAACAGUUGAGAAAUAUAAGUAAAAGAGUCUCUGGACCUGUGUUUGUGUUAUAAACCUGCAGCUGAUGGAAGCUCACAAUUCUAAAUAGUGAUUUGUAGUUUCUGCAACAAUGCACCCUUAAUGUCUUCAAGCCAGGGCUUAACUGAGUCUCCUUUAAGUGAGUGUCACAGGAUACUAGCUAAAGUCAAGUCAUUUCAAAUAUUAGGCUAACCAUGUCAGAGAAAAGAACUGGGAGGAAUCUACAAAUCUUCUGUUUUUUAAAUAGUGGCCCAGACUGAAGGACUGAAAAACGCCUAAUUCCUAAAAGCUCUCCAACUCCUGCACAAUCUCUACUUGUAUUCUUCCUAAGAAUGGGGAAUUCAUUCUUUCUCAUUCUACCUUUAGAAAGCUGCUUUAAAUGUUAGGAAGUUUCUCUUUAUAUUCAGUUGAAAUCUCUUUGCCUGUUAAAUCAGUUCUGUUUUCUGGGGUCAACAAGAGAUAGCUUAUUUUAUGGCUUUUGGUGAUGUCUCAUUGUCAUGAAUAUAAAAUUUCUGAAGAAUAAAGGUUUUAGGUAAUUCAAAAGCCAGUGGAGGACUACACUGAAGAAACAAGCAUUUGAAGAAUAUUGAUAUUAAUUGAAAACACAUUACUGAUUGGAAGCAGUGAGUUAGAUAAAUAAUAAGAGCAAAAGAUAAGAAAUGGAUAACCAUGAAUGUUAGAAGACUUAGAGGAUGGACUCCUGAACCACAAAUUUAUGGACUAUCUGUGGAAGGACAUGAACGGAGAUUAAAAAGGAUGAAAUAGUAGAUGGAGUGAGAUUGAACCAGUGGAAGAAAUCUUGUAUUAACAAGAUCAGAGAUUCUCUAAAUUACUUCUUCUUUAUGACAGCACUACAAAUAUUGAAUACUGCAAUUGUAUGUUGCCCAUAGAAGCUUCUGUUUAUUAAAAUAAACAUCCUUUGUGUCUCA